AUCUGUGUCCUUCUCGAUGUCUUCCAUUUCGUUGCACGAUAUACUGCUUGCAUCAUCGGCGGCACGAAGAACCCACUGCGGGCUGUUGUAGCGCAAGAUAUAUCUGCUGCCAUCUUGAAGAAGGGUGCCACAAAGGAAGCUGGAGCGAGUUACUGGCCCAAGGAGGACCAGGAGGCUCGUAUUACCGCUGCAUUUGAUAAGUGGGCCAGACACGGUGGAGUUUGGUCAGCUGCGGCUUCCCGUGUUCACGCUGAGCAGCUCUCACACAUCAGGAAGGGAUGCUUGGCAAGGCCACGCGAAGAUAUACGUACUGAUGGGAGCCGUAUCGAAAGUACACACCGUGGCUUCAACGGACUACAGCGCUCCUUUACAAGCGGACUUGUGAUGUUCGCUGCCCUGUGCCAUGACUUUGUCUUGCGUCGAAAUAUUCGGGUCGCAAGCGCUCUCAAAGGACCUGAUGUCUUUGUGAAGUCUCUCUUUGGCUCACAUCAUCUACAUCUCGUCGACAGGGUUGCUCAGCUAUGGAACGAUCUGUCAUCUGAUAAGAAGGUGCCAAAGAUGGCUAAUCAGGUGUAUGACCCCCUUCCCCGUCUCCAGAUUGUCGACAGCGGUGAGCGCUUUGGCAUCGUUGGUUCUGACUAUACGGCCACAUUCGGUGGCUUCCUGAAGGUGAAGGAUGAGCCCGAAGAUGAGCUCCUGGACCUCACGUCAGAGGAAGCCCGUGGCCGCAUAGAAGAUAUUAUUCAAGAUCUUAACAUUGAUCCUCGACUUCUUAAUCAACCGGAGGAUCGCACUCAAGAAGCUCCUGGCGCAUGGCUCAGUCAUACUGCUCUCACUGAACCCGGAAAGAAACUAACUUUUAAGCUGGAGGGACAGAGAGCUGAUGGAAAAGGUAUGCAUAAUGCAUUUGGCUGUCUAACACGAGCAUUAGCUAACUCUUCAUCCGACAAACUCUCCGCUCGACUCCCUCUUCCUGAUGGCUCAACCAAGAUGACCCGUUCGGAGCUUCUCUUCUCAGUUUCAACAGGCAUAAAUAUCCGAUCUCUCACAAUCAACAAUAACGAGGAGUUCUUUCUCUUCAUGGAUAUGCGGGCAGAGGAAAAAUGGGUCUCGUUCCAAAUGACGUCAAAGAAGUGGGUUCUCGCCACUGAGAAGUACAAUAAGAGACUUGAAGAGGCAGCGAGGACACCUUCGAAAUCAAAUUCGCCUUUCAUUGCCAAGAACCCGCGCGCCCUGAUGCAGAAACUGGGUGAGGUA